CGGACAUGACAGUCACCUGACUAAAACAAAUUCAUGCUGCCUUGCUAACUGAAUAAACUCGACCAGUUUAGGGGCAUGUUUAAUUUAGCUGUUAAAUAAAACCUUCAAAAUAGCUGCGUCACUGCUGGAGGAGAUGCAUUUUAUCACCACCGGAGACGAUUUGGGGUCAAUGCGGGCAGCUAGCUAGCUAAUUAACGCUCUUCUGUCGUCUCCUCUGGAUUGUGACUGUUGGAGAAAACAGGAAUAAAAAUGCCUCAGUCAGCGGCUACUAUCAGUGGAAUCCAGAGGAUGGUUUUGUACGAAACCAGAGCAAGGUAUUUUCUGGUAGGGAGCAAUCAAGCACAGACCAAACACCGAGUCUUAAAGAUUGACCGCACAGAACCCAAGGACCUGGUCAUAAUUGACGAUAAGCAUGUGUACAACCAGCAAGAAGUACGGGAGUUGCUGGGCCGCUUGGACCUCGGUAACCGCACUAAAAUUGGCCAGAAGGGUUCCUCCGGCCUGUCCAGGGCUGUCUCAGCCUUUGGCAUUGUGGGGUUCGUACGGUUCCUCGAGGGGUACUACAUUGUGUUGAUCACCAAACGCAGAGAGAUGGCAGACAUCGGUGGCCACUCCAUCUACAAAAUUGAAGACACCACUAUGAUCUACAUUCCCAAUGACUCGGUCAGAGUUGCACACCCUGAUGAAGCAAGAUAUGUGCGGAUAUUUCAGAAUGUGGACCUUUCCAGCAACUUCUACUUCAGCUAUAGCUAUGACCUGAGCCACUCGCUGCAGUACAACCUGACUCUGCUGCAGAGACCUUAUGAACUGUGGUCAUCAGCAGCUUCCUCUGGUGAAGAAGAGGUUCAUACGCAGAGCAAGCAGGAUAGCUUUGACAUCUUUGAAGAUGAGGGUUUACCUACACAAGUGGUUUACGGCCUCCAGACUGAACCGUACUACAAGUACGUGUGGAACGGGAAGCUGCUGGAGCGUGUCAAGGACAUCGUGCAUCAUGAUUGGCUCAUGUAUAUAAUCCAUGGCUUCUGUGGCCAGUCCAAGCUUCUAAUCUACGGCCGACCAGUUCACAUCACUCUCAUUGCCAGACGCUCCAGCAAAUUUGCCGGGACACGCUUCCUGAAAAGAGGAGCCAACUGCGAGGGCGAUGUGGCUAACGAGGUAGAGACUGAACAGAUUGUCCAUGAUGCCUCAGUUAUGUCUUUCACAGCAGGGAGUUACUCCUCAUACGUCCAAGUGCGGGGUUCGGUCCCACUCUACUGGUCCCAGGACAUUUCCACCAUGAUGCCCAAACCCCCAAUACGAUUGGACCAAGCUGACCCAUACGCCCACGUAGCCGCUCUCCAUUUUGACCAGAUGCUGCAGCGGUUUGGCUCACCUAUUAUCAUUCUCAAUCUGGUCAAGAAACGUGAAAAAAGGAAACAUGAGAAGAUUCUGAGUGAAGAGCUUUACCCUGCUGUGAUCAACCUAAACCAGUUCCUCCCUCCAGACCACUGCAUCGACUACAUCGCUUGGGACAUGGCUCGCUACACCAAGAGCAAGUUGUGCAAUGUUCUGGACCGCCUUAGCAUGAUAGCGGAGAACGUGGUCAAGCGAACGGGUUUCUUCAUUAAUCGCUCUGACUUCUACUGUCACACCCUCAGACCAGACGACAGGUGGGGAGAUUUAGGUGGACACAUUGCAUCCAGCGGGCGAGUGCAGACUGGUGUGUUGAGGACGAACUGUGUGGAUUGUCUCGACCGGACCAACACUGCCCAGUUCAUGGUGGGCAAGUGUGCACUGGCCUAUCAGCUUUACGCACUGGGAAUGAUCGACAAGCCCAAGCUCCAGUUUGAUACCGACUGUGUCAGGUUGUUUGAGGAGCUCUACGAGGACCAUGGAGACACUUUAUCGUUGCAGUAUGGCGGUUCACAGCUGGUCCACAGGGUCAAAACUUACCGCAAGAUCGCACCCUGGACACAGCACUCCAAAGACAUCAUGCAGACGCUGUCACGCUACUACAGCAAUGCUUUCUCAGAUGCUGAUAGACAAGAUGCCAUCAAUUUGUUCCUCCAAGUUUACCAGCCGUCGGAGACCAAGCCGCACCUUUGGGAGCUGCCAACUGACUUCUACCUGCAUCAAAGGAGCACCAUGGCCCUUCCUCAAGACAGACGCAGCUACACACUGUGGUGGUCAGAGGGAAUCCUGUCCUACCUUCCUGUGGCCUAUGAUGAAGUCCCCUGUGAUGACACCAUGAAGAAGGUCAAAGUAAAGAGAGUGAACCGCUUUGAUGAGGGUAUCGACAUCUACACGGAAUUCUUCAAACCUUAUGAACUCACCUGCUUUGAUGACACAUUUUGCAUUGCCAUGACCAACUCUGCAAGGGAAUUCAUGCCUAAGACAGUAGGAGUGGAUCCAAGCCCAUUCACAGUUCGCAAGCCGGAGGAAACUGGAAAAUCAGUGCUGGGCAACAAGAGCAAUAAGGAGGAGACGCUGCUCCAAAGGAAGACUGCAGCCAGCGCACCUCCUCCCCCGAGUGAAGAGGCCAUCUCCAGCACCUCGGAGGACGACUCCGAGGACGAUCGUGACGACGACGGCUCCGUCUCCCAGCGAUCCACCCCGAUCAAGCUGCUAACAGACUCAGGAGAGAGCAGUCGCACACAGGAGGAGAUCCAACAGCAGCAGACAGUUAAGGAACCAUAUGGACUCAAUCUGGCCGAGUUUCCUUCAGAGGAAGACGUGCUCAUUUACAAAAGGUUUGCACACCUCGGGGAGAGUCAGCACACAGUGGAGAGAACUCAACACAUAAAGUUGGCAAAUAUCAUCUGUUUAGAGCCGGUGUCCUGCUUCCCGGACGACAGCGUCUUCUCCGUCUGUCCUCCGCAGGUGGACAGGAACAGCCAUGACGUGUUCGAGAGCCACGUGAUGCUGGGGCAGGGCCAGGCUCUGGGUGGCUUGGUCUACCAACCGUUCUAUCAAAGAAUCCUGUCCACUGCAUCUUCCGCCCAGGCCCAAGUGACCUGCGUCGCCUCCUCGUUCUUCUGCCUGGUUGGUGCUGGAUAUCCCAUCUGUGCUGGCUGGAGCUGUGGCUGCUUCUACAGGUCUAUCCACCUGACUUACACCUCAGCUGAUUGUCCUCAGGUUUUUGCAUUUGAAAUAAUCGUAUUUUCGGCCUAUCUCUUAAAAUUUGGAGGCAAAUUCAGAAUGCAUGCCAGAUACAAAACAUAGCCAAACUACUAAAAUGGUGUGCUUUUGAUAGUGUUUUUCUCCCCAACCUUAAUGAUGAAGGAUUUAAGGUAUGGGCAGAGAAUGGAGCUACUGCCUACUGCACUUUAAUACAAAGGGGAGUCACUGAAGAGCUUUCAAACUAUGGGGGAAGAAUAUGGUCUUGAACAGAAGGAUUUUUACAGAUGCCUCCAAAUGAGACACUGUUUUGACACACUAAAGAAAGACAUAAAUAUGGCCAAUUUAGAGACUGGAAUGAUGAAAAUAUUUGAAUCUGCAUAUAACUCUGAGGACAACACUAAAAUCAUUUCCAAGAUUUACAACUAUUUCUCAGAGAAAAUCACAAGACUCUGUAUAUGAAAGAAAAAUGGUUUAAUGAGAGUAAUGAGGUUUUCUCUCAGGAUGACUGGAACGCAAUUUGCCAAAUACAAUGGAAAGCCACUAGUUCUAUGAGCUGGAGGGAAAUCUGCUGGAAGAAUCUGGUACGUUUCUUCAUGACCCCUCACCAAAAGCGACACGACACCACUAAUUCCAAAUGUUGGAGACAGUGCCAAACCGAUAAUUCCAAUCACUGCCACAUAUUUUGGUCCUCCCAGUGCUGGUCUCUUACUGGAAAAGUGUCUACCAGAUUAUACAGGAGGUUCUUCAAACCACUUUUUCACCUUUUAGAUUUGAUAUUCUAAACUUGGGUAACCUUCCACAAGAGAUAGAUGCAAAGGACAGGAAGCUUGUGUCCAUCUUACUGGCAGCAUAACCCACAAAUAGCUGCAACAACAAGCUCCCUUGAUUGAUGAUUGGGUUGAUGUUGUUUGACAUAUACAAAAUGGAAAGAUUGACAUAUUAUUUCAAACUUCACCAAGACGUUUUUGCCAGUAUAUGGUUGAAGUGGACCGUAUAUAUAGCUCCCAGAAGAGGAGAUUUUAUAUGAUAUAUAUUAUGUUUCUAACUCAAAUAUGUAUCUUCCUCCUAGUUCUAUGGUGUAUAUAGUUCUGUUGGUGGUACCAGACAGAUUCUUUAAAGAAGGAUAAUACACAAGUUAUCACAUACUUCAGUAUUUGUCUUCUGUUUUUCCUACUUUUGAUUCUGUAUAUGAAAGACAACAAGUGAUAACAAGGACGAUAAUUUUAAUGAGAUAUUUCUGUUAUCAUUUACGCUUAUUAUUUUCUGAAAUGUCUUUCCUUUUGUUUUUUUUUUUUUCAGUCUGCUUAAUUUUAUUCCUUCAAGAAUACCCCCGUGACUUGUGUAUUUGCACUUGUGACAUGGUUGGAAUGUACUCUGUAAAGCUCUGGACACCAAUGAAAAAGCUCAUUUAGAUCGACUCAUUUAGAUCAACUUCAAACAAUAUAGAGCAAAUUUAAUUCAUGUACACUGUCAAAAAAUCUUUGGGGUCACUUAGAAAUGUCCUUAUUUUUGAAAGAAAAGCAGUUCUUUUUUCAAUGAAGAUAACAUGAAAUGAAUGAUAAAUCCAGUCUAGACAUUGUUCAUGUGGUAAAUGACUAUUCUGAUCAUUCUUGUUUUCAUUAAAUAAUGGUACAUAUUUUAUCAAUUCUGUCAGGAUAAGUAAACUUAUGAGCACAACUGCAUGUGCAGGCCUUACACUGGUUUCCAAACUAGUUGUGAUGUUCCACAUUUCACCUUCAACUCUGAUUUCGGUUGAGAUAUGUCUGUUUUGUUUCGUUUUUUUUGGCAGACAGGUUUAAAAAUAUCCUUCUCAUAUCAAACUCUGCAGUCUCACUCCAGAAUGUGCAAUAGCUCUGUUGGCCCAUGGUGCAAAAACAUAUUAGUUUCACAAUAAAAGCUGUAAAAUAC